UGCAACAGGGAGCAGAGAGAAGAGGCGGCGGCCCCGUUGCAACCCUUUACACAUGGAUUCCCGCCAGAAGGAAGAUGCCAUCUUGUGUGUGGUGCAGUCUGGGACCCUGAUGAUGGAGUACCUGAGAGCCAGCAGUGAGGCGGCGGCGGCGGCUGCUUCCCGGCGAAGGUGGGCAUUCUUGCAUACCUUGGAGCGGCGAGGAUAUGAGGAAGAGGAGGAGGAAGAAUCUGAGGAAGAGGAAGAGGAGGAGGAGGAAGAGGAGGAGGCCUUACUCCCCAGGCAAGCGUCCAGUCCGGGAGUUCGGCGUGGCGGCCGCCUCCGGUCAGUGGAACGGCGCUUCUGGGCACGACCACGCAGCACCGAGUGGUGGGAUCGCACGGUUCUGGAGACGUGGGACGACGGCCAGUGGCUUCAGAAUUUUCGGAUGCGAAAGGCCACGUUCCUGGAACUGUGUGCCAGGCUCUCCCCUGCCCUCCAGCGCCAGAAGACACGGAUGAGGAUCCCCUUGAGCGUGGAGAAGCGCGUGGCCAUUGCUCUGUGGAAGCUGGCCACCUCCGUGUGCUACCGUGAUGUGGGCAACCAGUUUGGCGUCGGCAGGUCCACCGCCGGCUCCGUGGUCUUGGAAGUCUGCCGAGCCAUCCAACGGGUGCUCAUGCGCGCCACGGUGACCAUGGGCAACAGCCUGGCAGAAACAAUCGACGGGUUCAAAAAGAUGGGCUUCCCCAACUGUGCUGGCGUGGUGGGCACCACCCACAUGCCCAUUUUGUGCCCACCUCACCAGGCCGCUGAGUAUGUCAACUCCAAAGGCUACUACUCCAUGGCCUUGCAAGCCUUGGUGGACCACCGGGGCAAAUUUACCCACCUGAGUGCGGGCUGGCCAGGGAAAACGCACGAAGCCAAGAUCUUCAACAAAUCCACCUUGUUCACCAAAGGACAAGGAGGGACCCUCUUCACUCCGGGCUCCGUGGACAUCAGUGGGGUGUCUGUACCCAGGGUUAUCCUGGCGGGGCCGGCUUACCCCCUUCUUCCGUGGUUGAUGGUUCCUUACACAGGAGAGCUGGAUGAUACCAAGGAACGGUUCAACGCCGUCUUGAAGAGGUGCCAGGGACCCCUGGAGGAGGCCUUCAGCAGGCUGAAAGGCAGGUGGCGGUGCCUGACCGGCCGCAACGACUGCGCCGUGGAGAACCUUCCCCGCCUCAUCUCGGCCUGUUGUGUCUUGCAUAACAUCUGCGAGGAGAAAGGGGAGGCCUAUGAAGAAACAUGGGAGGCUGAGGCCAAGCAGCUGGCCGCCACCUUCGAACAACCCCUCCAGAGGCCGGAUUCUCGGAUCAAGCCGGCGGCCAGGUCGGAGAGGGUCAGAGACUCUCUCUGUGCCUACAUGGCUAGGGUGGCAUGAGAAAGAAAAAAGUCCAGCAGCACCUUGAGGACUAACCAACUUCAUUGAAGCAGAAGCUACAGUCGGAAUGGAAUUCCAUUCAGAUCCAGGCAUUCUAUGCAGAUUCAGCAAUGGAGGGAAGGGGUCACACCCAGCCUGGAUUGUGCACGACCUCUGCAACUGAUUUACCUCUACAUGGCCCUCACUCCCUGCACCCUUUCCCCCCUCCCCUCCCCACCUAUAUAUCUCUGGCCAGUUUCUUCUUACCCUUCAUGCAUCUGACCAAGAGAGCUGUGGUUCUCAAAAGCUUAUGCUACAAUAAAGUUGCUUUGU